GAUAUUUGAGAUGAAGAUGAACUCAUAUAUGUUUAUUGUUUGAACUUUGUAAGGAUGGUUUGGCUUCUCGACGAUGUCUACGACACGAAACACCGGGCCUACAUGAUGCGCGAGAAGGAGAUGAAGCUUGAACCUUUGAAGAUUCGGUAUCACGGGGUCUCUGGUCCUGCCAUGCCUUACGACGAGCGGUACACACCGUACAUCAAGCAGGCAGGACUACUCCUGUGGAUUCAGUUGGUCAGCCGGUCCACGCCGAAUCUGAACGCUCCACUGGUGUCCGCUCUUGCUGAUCGGUGGAGGCCGGAGAUGCAUAGUUUCCAUCUUCGGACUGGGGAGAUGACCGUGACGCUCGAGGAUGUCUCAUGA